AUGGAUGGAAAUAAUUCCGAUGACAACCAAGAUACAAAAAUGUGGACGCCCAGAAUUGAAACGAAAUUAAUAAAUAUGUUGAGAGAUAAGGUUAGUAAAAAUCAAACAACGGGCCGUACUACUUCGUGGACAAUUAGGCAUUGGAAUCAUUAUGCAAAUCAGUUGCACAACAUGUAUGGAUUUCGGUAUACAGGAAAGCAGGUGCGCCAAAAAUAUCAGCGAUUGAAAGCUGAUUACCAGACAUUUAAGCGACUUCAGGCACAGACUGGUCUGGGAUGGGAUCCAAUUGUAGGCACUGUUGUUACACUCGAUGAAUUUUGGGAUAAGGCCAACAGAAAUGUGAAGAAGUUUAGGACAAAAGGAUUUGAAUAUUUUCAAGAAAUGGCAGAAAUUGUUGAAAAUUGUUGUGCCACAAGGGCCUUAUCUCGUGCAUCCACACAAGGAGCCCUUGACUCAGAAGAAAAAGAUGACAUGUUAAAUAAAUUUUGGAACCCUGAUGUUGGUAGGAGUAAUGCUGGUGGGAGUAAUGCUGCCUGUUGA